AGCCAAAUGGGACUACUGUAGAAAUUUCCUCGGCCACGUUCCAAACGCCGCUCCGUGUAACCAAUUCAGGAAAAAUUGUCGAAAACGUGUAGUUCUACAAAUUAUAGAAUUCUGUGAAUUUUUCACGUUUUUUACAACAUGACAGAAAACCACGUGUUUGAAAACAGAUAUUUUCGAUUCCCGUGACACGUAGUUUUUCUCUCCAAUUCUCAGAAAAGAUUUAUUCUUCAAUAAGUUUUGCAAGGUGGACGGUUGCCCACUAUACAAAUUGCGAUGAACGUCUCGGACCCAUCAAAAAACGAAUAUUCCAAGGAAAUUCGUCGCACCGUCUCAUCGGAAAUUAUCGGUCAAUCAAGAAGUCCGAUGACUCUGGAAAACCAACCGGUGUCUCCGAUGACAAAGCGGCGAAGACUCGAGAACAUGGAUCGUACGAUCACUGAACAAAUGGUGGAAGAUGAGAUCGUGGCAACGGCCAUUUCACCGCCAUCACAGCCAAAAAACGUGGUCGUGCCAAUCCCGCAGGAUUUCGCUGCGAUGCUGACGAACAGCUGGACUAAACCGAUUCGCGGGCCGAUGACGGAGAAGAAAAAGCUCAAAAUCAAUGAGACUUUUAACAAACUGACGCAACAGCUUGCCGACGCAACUCACACGAUCCCAGCUGAAACCGACCUCACGGAGACGCCCGACGGCUUCCUUGUCGAUCUCAUGCCCCAUCAGAAAGCAGGACUUUGCUGGCUCCUUUGGCGAGAGAGUCAACCACAUUCCGGUGGAAUUCUCGGUGGUGAUAUGGGUCUUGGCAAGACCCUAUCAAUGAUUUCAUUGAUUGUGCAUCAGAAGGCGGCGAGAAAAACACGGAAAGAUGCGGGAGACGAUGCAGUGGGCAAGGAGAAGUGGAAAGCUGCGAAGGAAACAGAAUUGUAUCCAUCAGAUUGCACCGGAAUCUUUGGUUCAUCACUGGGAAGCUGAAAUUGCUAGAAGACUUAAACAAGAUCUACUUUCUGUUCUAGUAUACCAUGGAAACAGGAGACACAUUAAUCCGAAAGAUCUUAAGAAGCACAUCGAGUUGGAUUAUGAUUUGGAAGACGAGCACAAUCCCUGCAGCAAGCUUCGGCCCCGUGUCUGUCCCAAAGCUGACAAAAACUCCUCUCCACUUGCUCGCAUCGCUUGGUCUUAUGUGAUCCUCGACGAGGCGCAUAUCAUCAAAAAUCGAAACGCCCAAUGCUCAGAGGCAGCCUGCAAGAUCUCAGCAUUUUCACGCUGGUGUCUCUCGGGCACACCGAUUCACAAUAAUAUGAGACGAAAGAAAAUAGUCCACUUGAUGGAGAAGAAUAUUGUGAUCCACAAGUUGGAGAUGGUCGGUCAGGAAGCUAAAGGAUUUGCAAUGAUGAUGGAAGCAGCUCGUAAGCUUGUCGAGGAAAUCUUUGGAGACUCAGAAAUCAACCGACAACAAAGAGGAUAUGAUGAUAAAUACGCAAAUCCGUUCUCAUUCGGACACGGGACUUGACGGAUAACACGAAUUGUGGAGUGUAUGUUUUGGUGCUGCUCAUGCGCCUUCGCCAAGCGUGUGUGCACUUCCAUAUCACCAAACUGGACAUGAAAUUGGAAGCAUUCGAGAUUAACGGAGGCAGUGAUGAGGAUACAGAUAUAGAAGAUAUCAGGAACCGUAUGGAAGUGACAAUGCCAGCCGAUAGCGAGGAUGAUGAUGAGCCGAAACAAUUGCCUACGCAAAUCUUCGAACCCGAUUUCAUCAGUUGCAAGAUGGCCAAACCGCUCGAAAUUGUUGGCGAUGUUAUGAAGAGCAAGGAGAAAGUUGUCAUUGUCUCCCAAUGGACUUCUGUUCUGCGUCUCGUGCAAAGACAUUCAAGAAGGAGGCCACGGGUACACAUCUAUCACCGGAGAGGUAGCCAUAAAAGAUCGGCAAGAACGAGUAGACAGCUUCAACCAAGAAAAGGGCGGAGCCCAGGAUAUGCUCCUCUCAUUGACGGCCGGAGGUGUGGGGCUCAAUUUGAUUGGCGGGAAUCAUCUGAUUAUGGUCGAUUUGCACUGGAAUCCUGCACUAGAGCAGCAGGCGUGUGAUCGCAUUUAUCGAAUGGGACAGAAGAAGGAAGUCCAUAUUCAUCGACUCAUCGUGAAGGAAACCAUUGAGCAACGCGUCAUGAGCCUCCAGGAGAAGAAGCUCGCGUUGGCAGCUUCAGUGUUGGAAGGAUCGGCAACUCGUGGAAUGAACAAGCUCACCAACUCAGACAUUCGCACUCUCUUUGGACUCGACGAAGAAUUUGAACUCGACACCUAAUAACUUUUCAUUUUUCUCUGGAUUUUCUUUCCCACUUGUCAUAUUAUUUUAUUCUACCCCCAUCAAUCUCCCCCAUCUAGUGAAAUUUUUCAAGUGUAUCCUACCCAUCCCGACUGAAAUUUAUCAAAAUACCGUUUGAAUGAAAUUAUAGCAUAGAUCAACUUUGCAUGUACUUGUUUUCACCUUUAUCAGAGAUAAGUGCAUUGAUGCAUUCAUUCACCAUAUUUUUCGGUAUGUAGGGACUUUUUUU